AUGGAGAAGCUGGAAAGCGAGGACGACUUCCAAUGGUGCCUGCGCCGCCUCGAGGCCCAUUUCGCUCCCAAACAGAAUGUUUGUGUUGAGCGCUACCGCUUUCGCAGCCGGGGGCAGCAACCAGGUGAGACCACCAGCCAGUGGGUCUCCGUGCUGCGCCAGUUGGCCAGCACGUGUGAGUACGGUGCCCAGAUGGACGAGUUUAUCAGGGACCAGGUGAUUGAGAAGACCGUGAGCUCCAAGCUGAGGCAGCGGCUUCUCAUGGAAGGCCCUCCUGACGAGCUACCAGCCUCUCCGGGGGCCCAACCCGCUAUCCUUGGGUACCAGCACCGAGUGACAGUUGACCCAGGGGUACCACCAGUGCGCCAGCCACUGCGCCGCCUGCCUUUGGCUGUGCUGGACGCAGUGAGUGCCCGGAUUGAUGAGCUGGAGGCCCAGGGCGUGAUUGAGAAGGUGAGCGCGUCUCCCUGGAUCUCACCACUGGUCGUUGGCAGGAAACGGGACGGUGCCAUCCGCCUCUGCGUUGACAUGAGGAGGGUGAACCAGGCGGUCAUCACGGAUGGUCAUCCUCUCCCGAGGAUUGAGGACGUUCUCGAUCGGCUCCGUGGUUCGCUGAUGUUCUCCAGGCUGGACCUGAAGGACGCGUACCACCAGCUGGAGCUGCAUCCCGACAGCCAGAACCUGACCACGUUUGUCAGCCACAAGGGUUUGUACCGGUUCCGCCGUGUAAACUUUGGUCUGGCGAGUGCCGGCCCUUGUUUUCAGAGGGUGAUGACGUCGAUGCUGGAGGGCAUCCCCGGGGUGGAGGUGUACCUCGACGACAUCAUCAUCCACGCACCGUCCCAGGCGGAGCAUGACGCUCGCCUGAAGCAGGUGCUGCGGCGGUUGGAGGACCACCGUGUGAAAGUGAACUGGUCCAAGAGUGCCACCGGCUGCCGUGACAUUGAUUUCCUCGGUUACAGGAUCUCAGCGGCCGGUGUGCAGAUCGACCCAGGGCGGAUCAGUCCGCUGCUGGAGGCUCCAGAGCCACAGGACGAGAAGGGCCUCCGCGCCUUCCUGGGAGCCACGGGCUACCACGCCCGUUUCAUGCCGCGGUACUCGGACCUGGUCGAGCCGCUGCGAGCUGCGCUGCGCGCUGACAAGUUCGAGUGGUCGCCGGCGCUGUCCAGCGCCGUCCAGCGCGUCAAGGACGCCAUCCGUCAGUCACCGGCGCUGGGUAUGUUCGACCCCGCGCUCGCCACGGUGCUGACGACCGACGCCAGCGACGUCGGAGCAGGCGCGUGUGUGACGCAGAUCGACGCCUCGGGGUCGCCCAGGGUCGUCGCGUACGCGUCUAAGUCGUUCUCUCCGGCCGAGCGUAACUACUCCACUGUGGAGAAGGAGGCGCUGGCCGUGGUGUGGGCCUGUGAGAAGUUUCGCCACUAUCUCUGGGGGUGGAAAUUCACUCUGCGCACGGAUCAUCAGGCUCUGUGUACCAUUUUCGGUCCCAAGGGUUCCACGCGCGUCGGGCGGCGUGUCGCGCGGUGGGAGGCCCGCCUGCUCGAGUUUUCUUUCGACGUUGAGUACGUCCGCUCGGAGCGGAACACCGUGGCCGACGGCCUGUCACGGCUGCCGGUAGCCGAGACCUGGUGGCCGGAUGAUGACGAUCUCCAGAUUGCAGCUCUGACGGUGGCAGCAGCCAUCUCUGAGGAGGAGCUCAGUGACGCCUCGGCGGCCGACGAGUGUCUCAGCGUCGUCCGUGGGUACGUGUCCGGGCAGUGGCCCCGCCAGAGGGACGUUGACCCCCGAGCAGCUGGUUUCUUUCAGGUACGGGACGAGCUGUCCGUACAUGGCCAGCUGCUGCUCCGCGGUGACCGGCUGGUGGUGCCAGCGGCGCUGCGCGAGCGCGUUCUGACUAACGCGCACGCGGGCCACCAGGGGGUGGUCCGCACAAAACAGCGGCUUCGUGAGCGUUUCUGGUGGCCGCGCCUGGACCGGCAGGUGCGUGACCUGCUGAAGAGCUGUGAGGUCUGCUCUCAGCACGAUGGGCACGUGCGGAGGGAGAGGCCGCCCCUCCAGCCCAUCCCACUCCCAGAUGGACCGUGGCAGCGCCUCAUGGUGGACGUGAUCGGUCCCAUGAGAGGUCCGUCGUCUGAGCGCUACGGCAUUGUGCUCGUCGAUAUGUACAGCCGGUGGCCGGAGGUCGCGCUCUGCCAGGACGCGACGGCAGACAGUAUCUGCCAGUUCCUGGAGACAGUGUUCGCUCGCGAAGGUGUGCCGCUGGAGCUACUGUCAGAUAACGGCCCUGCGUUCCGGUCGGGCCGACUCGCCGAGUUUUUGGGUCGCAUGGGCGUCAAACAGACGUUUAGUUCGCCCUAUUCGCCGCAGACCAACGGCAUGGUCGAGCGGCUGAACCGGACGGUUAAGGAAGCCAUCCAGUCGGCUCGCCUGGCGAGGGAGCCGCGCUCGACGUUUGUCAGAAAGUUCCUGGGUGAGUACCGGGUCACGGUCCACCCGGCGACCGGAGUGUCGCCCUUUGUUUUGAUGAGGGGGCGGGAGGCGCGGACGAUUCUCGAUGUGACCCCGUCCGAUGUGACCCCGUCCGGCCGUGCUGCCGAGGAUCGAGCUGUCCGGCAGCAUCACCAGUCGUACCAGGAGACCUACAGGGCCCGGUAUGACCGCACCGCCACGGCCGCCCCGCGAUGGGAAGCUGGCGACUGGGUGCGAGUACGGAAGCCCGGGACGGGCCGGGUCGAGGGGCAGCGCUCUGUGCAGGUGAGCCGCAGGACCGGUCCGGUCAGCUACAGGCUGGCCACAGGUGAGCGGGUGCAUGCCAGGCGCCUGGUACCGGGCCGCCCGGGGGAAGCUGAUCGCGAGGUGCCGGUGACCUUUUACCCAGUCGGGGGCGAGCCCGAGCCUACUGACCCAGCCCCGGUGACCGUGGACCCCGCUCCUACCGAUGAUGUGUGUCCCGAGCCGCCCAGGGGUACCAGUCCUGUCCCAGCGGCGCCAGUCGGUGCCGCCCCUGACGAGCAUGCGGCCCCGCGCCGCAGCCGUAGGGUGCGUAGGCCGCGGAAGCGUUUCUCGCCGUAG